AUGGACGUCGUCGCAGCAGUGUCCGGGUACCUUUCCCGGAUGGUGUCUGUCGGCGACUCGUCUACAGCGACAGGCUCGUCGCCGUCUAAGAUGAAGAUUCUGCUUCUUGAUAGUGAGACAGUUCCGAUCGUAUCGACAGCGAUUACCCAAUCGGCUCUCCUCAAUCAUGAAGUCUACCUCGUCGAUCGAUUAGAUAACCAGGCGCGAGAGAAAAUGCGACAUUUACGGUGUAUCUGCUUUGUGCGCCCGUCGCCGAAUUCAAUACAGCUGCUUAUCGACGAAUUACGAGCGCCGAAAUACGGAGAGUACCACCUUUUCUUCACAAAUAUCAUUCGCAAAUCGUCCUUGGAGAGACUUGCCGAGGCGGACGACCAUGAGGUAGUGCGCGUGGUUCAGGAACAGUUUGCGGAUUUUAUCGUUAUCAACCCUGAUUUGUGCUCACUCAAUCUGGGAUUCCCGUUGAAUCGAAUAUGGAGCAAUAGCCCCGAUAUGUGGAAUAGCGAUGCAUUACAAAGGAUAACGGAGGGCCUAAUUGCCAUGUUACUCGCGUUGAAGAAGAAUCCAUUGAUUCGAUACGAGAAAAAUAGCCUUAUGGCCAAGAAGUUGGCAACAGAAGUCCGCUACCAAUUGACUCAAGAAGAGCAACUCUUCAACUUUCGAAAAACCGAUACUCCUCCCAUUCUCCUUAUCCUCGACCGACGAGACGAUCCUAUAACACCCCUUCUGACACAAUGGACUUAUCAGGCAAUGGUACAUGAGUUGAUUGGUAUUCACAAUGGGCGAGUAGAUCUACGCAAUAUUCCUGACGUCCGACCGGAGCUGCAGGAAAUAGUACUGUCGCAGGAUCAAGACCCGUUCUAUAAGAAGAACAUGUACCAGAAUUUCGGAGAUCUAGGAGGGAACAUCAAAGAGUAUGUCGAGCAGUAUCAGGCCAAGACACAAAGCAGUAUGAGCAUCGAAUCGAUUGCAGACAUGAAGCGAUUCGUGGAGGAUUAUCCAGAGUUCCGCAAAUUAUCUGGAAACGUCAGCAAACAUGUGACUCUAGUUAGCGAGUUGAGUCGUCGUGUUGGCGAGGAUGAUUUGUUGGAUGUUAGUGAAUUGGAGCAGAGUCUGGCAUGUAAUGACAAUCAUGCCAGUGACUUGCGCUCAUUACAAAGAAUAAUCCAACUGCCUUCUGUAAAGGCCGAGAACAAGAUUCGCCUGGUCGCGCUCUAUGGAAUACGCUACGAAAAGCAACCCAACAAUGCACUACCAGUCUUACUUGAUCUGCUCUCCGCCGCUGGUAAUGUUCCACAACAUGAAGUGAACAUUAUCCCCAAGCUCCUUGCAUAUCAUCACUCUCUACAAGCGCCGCCCGUUGCGGGUGGCUUUUCCGAUCUUUUUGAGUCGGUGUCUUUGUUCUCGGGCGCUCGUGACCGGUUCAGGGGAUUGAAAGGUGUCGAGAACGUCUACACUCAACACUCGCCUCGUCUCGAAGCAACGUUACAGAAUCUAAUCAAAGGCAAGCUGAGAGAAUUACAGUAUCCCUUCUUAGAAGGUGGUGGGCAUACAAGAGACAAGCCGCAAGAUAUCAUUGUCUUUAUGAUAGGCGGAGCAACAUAUGAGGAGGCCAAGUUGAUUGCCCAGAUCAAUGCCAGCUCUCCAGGAAUCAGGGUUGUUCUCGGGGCGACCACAAUUCAUAAUAGUACGACAUUCUUUGAGGAGGUCAAUGAUGCAGUCAGCAAUUGGCCAGAACCUACUCCUGGCUCGGCGGCAGGACGAUUGCGAAGGGAAUUGGGACGGUGA